UCCCAUCUAUCUGUCAUUGACGUACAUGAACUAUGGCUAAUUACUCUGUUCUCUCACAGUAUAUACAAAUGUGCCCCUACAUUCAGCCAUGGCAACUCUCUCUCUCUCUCUCUCUCUCUCUCUCUCUCUCUCUCUCUGUGUGUUCAUAUUUAUCUUAUGAAUGUUCAAACCAUAGCAAUAUAGUUCUAAAUCAAUAUUCGAUUAUAAAGUAACCAUCAGCUACUGGUAUAAUUACAUUUACUCUUCUCCCUGUUACUCUGUCCUCUACCCCUUCAUCUCGCACGAAUAAAUUUACUGCUUAAAAUUCCUUGAAUCAGUUUGUUUCAUUUAGUAUUUGUUAGUGAUUUUAUGAACCUCUCUCUCUCUCUCUCUCUCUCUCUCUCUGCUCUACUUUCCAGAUAAUAAAGCUUAUCCUAAAUAGGUGCAUCACAUUUGGAUAAUCGACGCAGAUAUAAACUAAGAAAUGUCUUUUAAAGCAUAAUUUUUUAACACAAUCUUUGAAGUUUUGCAAAUUGAAAGUUUCUUCUCCAGCUUCUCUACAUCAGUCAUAUAAGAUCGAAUUUCCCUCUCUCAUUCUCUCAAUACUAUACACUAGAAAGCUUAUCAUCUAGUAAAGCUACUAAGAUCUACUACCUUUUUCUCUAAAACAUGGGGAAUACCUCCUGCGCACCUUGCCCAGUGUAUGGCGCUGGUUCAAACUCCGUAAAGGCCAUCGACAGCAACGGAAGAGUACAUGUUUUCCUCUACUCCGUUAAGGCAGAAGAGCUCAUGCUAGAGAACCCAGGCCAAUUUGUUUGCGACUCAACCUAUCUCCAAGUUGGCUGCCGCAUUCGCGGGCUUAACGCCGACGAAGAUCUCAUGCGGCGCCGCCUUUACUUCCUUCUUCCCAAUGACCUUCUAUUCUCUGUGCUUACCGAGGAGGAAAUGAAAUGCCUUUUAGGUCGAGCUACCGGUGCUAUGAAAGUAAAGAGGAGGAGGGGGAGGUCAAAGAUGAAAAUAAUAAAGACGAGUGACGAGUGCUUGAGGGAAUUUCUGCCGGAGAGGAAGCAGAGUUGUGAUCAAAAGUUGGGUGUUGGUCGGAUGCAGAGAUUGCGGUCGUGGGAACCGGCGUUAGAUACGAUAUACGAAGAGGGGAUUAAGAUUUGAGUAUUUACUUGUGGUUUUCCC